AUGUCAGAGAGCUUCGAACCCCUCCAGAAUGACCUCUUGCUCCGCGCCGCCAGAGGCGAGACGGUCGAGAGGCCGCCCAUGUGGGUGAUGCGUCAAGCCGGCCGCUACCUCCCUGAAUACCACAUAGUCAAAGGCACAAACGACUUCUUCGCCGUCUGCCGCGACCCCGAGCUCGCAUCAACAAUUACCCUCCAGCCUGUCGAGCGCUAUGCCGGCCUCCUCGACGCCGCAAUUAUCUUCUGUGACAUCCUUGUCAUCCCCCAGGCCCUCGGCAUGGCCGUUGAAAUGAUCGAUAAGAAGGGCCCCCACUUCCCCGACCCCCUCCGCGUCCCCGCCGACCUCGACAAGCUCCGCACAACCGUCGACGUCAAGGAGCAGCUCGGCUACGUGUUCGACGCAAUCACCCUCACGCGCAAGAAGCUGCGUGGUCGUGUCCCCCUUCUGGGGUUCGUGGGCGCCCCUUGGACACUCAUGAGCUACAUGAUUGAGGGCGGUGGAAGCAAGAUGUUCAUCCACGCGAAAACAUGGAUCUUCAAGUAUCCCGAGGAGAGUAAGCACCUACUCGCGCGCAUCACCGACGUGUGUGUCGAGUUCCUAGCGCAGCAGGUUGUGGCCGGUGCGCAAAUGAUCCAGGUAUUUGAGUCGUGGGCGGGCGAGCUGGCGCCGCGCGACUUUGACGAGUUCUCGCUGCCGUAUUUGAAGGAGAUUGCGGAGCGAUUACCGAAGCGUCUGAGGGAGCUGGGUCAGGAGCCCGUCCCGAUGACUGUUUUUGCGAAGGGUGCGUGGUAUGCGUUGGAGAAGUUGUGCGUGUCCGGGUAUCAGGUUGUGGGCUUGGACUGGACGCAUGAUCCCGAGGAGGCGUAUAAGGUUGCCGCCGGCAGGGUCACGCUGCAGGGGAACUUUGACCCGAAUAUUUUGUAUGGAGGGAGGAAGGCGAUUACGGAGGCGGUUGAGAGGACGGUACCUGCCUUUGGUAAUGGGAAGAAGGGGUGGAUUUGUAAUUUGGGACAUGGUAUUACGCCGUUUGUGGACCCGGAGGACUUGAAGCACUUUUUUGAGGAGGUUCAUAGAGUGGGUGGGAAAUAG